AUGUCUUACUUGAAUGAAAUUGUCGACUAUAUCAAUGCCGAUCCCUCUACUGGAUGCAGCCGUUACGUUCCAGAACAAACGGCUUCUUCGAGUGGUAAUCACAGUGAACCAUUCACAUCGGGUGGACGGUACAUUCCAGAGCAUAGUGUUGUGAAUACUAGUUUUGGUAAGGUUUUCUUCAAUUUUUUGAUUUUUUUAAAAAUUUUACUGUAAAAAGUAAAAACUUUUAGGUAUUUAAAAACUUCGAUAUAUUGUAUGAGUAGUAGUUAAAAAUUGUCAUUUCUAGGCGGUGGAGAUUCAUACACCUCAGGCGGAAGAUACGUUCCCAGUCAAAGCGCAAGUGAUUUGUUACCAAAUGCAUCAUUACCGGUUGACAAGAAAAAACCAACGUCAGAGUUAGUACCGAUCAAAGACCUCAUCUUAUUUUCUGACAAAGCUGAUCAAAAAGCUAUCGACGCUUUGAAGAAGGCCAAUUCUGAAGUUAGUGCUGAGUUUGAGCUGGAGGAGCCAAGUGUUGGUAAGAUUUCCUUCAAUUUUCUGAUUUUACAAGUUUUUGUAAAAAAUAAAAAAUUUUAGGCAUUUAAAAACUUUAAAAAAAUAAAAAUAUAUUCUAUGAGUAGUAUUUAAAAAUGUCAUUUUCAGACGGAAGAUCUAGUCCUAGUCCGAAUCCAUCUGGAGCCAAUACUGCAUUACUGCGACGUAUAGCCCAGAUCAUUCAACCAUUGCAGAAUGAACUAAAACAGAAGUUUGACGAGGAGAGGAAACAACGUUUAGAAGAAAGGAGACAGGACGAUGAACAAAGGAAGAUUGAUGUAAGUUUUUACGAUGGACGUUUAAAUUUUUUUGUUUUAUUAACAAGGGUAGCUUAAAACAAGGUUUGCGAUAGAAUCGAACAUGGGUCAAACAGGGGCGGACCAUGAAAAAAAAUAUUUUUUUUAAAAUCUCAUUUUGCGACCACAGGGUCCUAUUGACUAGUAAUUCAAAAAUGCAAGAAAAAUUUUUGAUUUUGGUUUACUGUAGGUGUACUGUAGUUUUUAAAGAUUUUAUGCAACUUUUUAACUAAUUGACAGAAUUUCACCGGACUUUUUUUAAAUGAUAGAACACGUCAAAAUAAGUAAUAAUGCUGUUGACAAGUUUUUUUGUCCAGAAGGCAUCGAAAAAUUUAAAUAUUUGCAAAAAAGUACACGGCGAGCCCACUUUCAUUUAUUUUCUAGACGAAAGUGGAAUCGAAGGUCGGAAAAAAAGCACGCUUUUAGGUCGCUUUGAGGUUUACAGCGAUAUAACUGUUAAACGAUAAGAGGUAUUAUGAACAAAACAAAACUAAAAAAAGUAAGUAGUCAUUCUACUUUACUUUGUAUUAAAAGUUUUUUUAUUUAAACACAGGUAGCUGUACGUGAAAUAAACGAAAAAAAAAUUUCGAAAAAAUCGGUCCACAGGUAGCUGUGGACCGAAAAAAUUUUUCGGGUCUCCCCUCCCCCCCUCCCUCGAAAAAACCGUAGGGACCCUGGUUUGAAUUACUGUAGAUGAGCUAUAACUGUAACAGUUUUAAGCCAAUUUUUCUAACAAGGGAAGUGUCUCACCUCAUUCCGGAGAUAUGAAACGGGACUAGGCUCAUUUGAAAGCCUACUUGAAUACAAAUUUAACAAAAAAAAAUUUAGCUGCCAAAUAAGCCCCUAAGGCAAGUUAUGACGGUUUAAAAAUUUGCAGUGCUUUCCUUUGUUUGAGUUUGAAAACGAUGAAACCGAUGAUUCGGUAGUUCAGUGGUUAGGUGUUGGGUUUAGGGGUGAAAGGAGAAGGGUUCAAUCCCUGCCAAUUCGUUUUGCUUUAACAGCUUCCAAAAAAAAAUUUUUUUUGGUUUUUAUACUAUACAACAGUGAAUAGACUAGUUUUAAUCAUUUGAAUACAAAAAUUAAGCAAUUUGACAAAUUAUUAAGCUUUAAAAUUUUUUGGAAAUUUUUCAUCUUCUGGAAAAAAGUUGAGCAACCUAUCACCUGGAAUAACGGAACCAACAGCAAAAGUAACUUUAUUUUCCCUACUUUCAGAAAAUUUAACAGCUUCGGCGUCGUUGUAAGACAGCUGAUAAUCAGGGAAGUGAUAAAUGUCAUCAGUCUUGAAUAUGUCAAACCAAUCACCAUUGGUGCGUCUACUCAAUAUACAUAUUCGAAAAAUUUCCAAAAAAUUUUAAAGUUUAAUAAUUUGUCAAAUUGCUUAAUUUUUGUAUUCAAAUGAUUAAAACUAGUCUAUUCACUGUUGUAUAGUAUAAAAACCAAAAAAAAUUUUUUUUUGGAAGCUGUUAAAGCAAAACGAAUUGGCAGGGAUUGAACCCUUCUCCUUUCACCCCUAAACCCAACACCUAACCACUGAACUACCGAAUCAUCGGUUUCAUCGUUUUCAAACUCAAACCAAGAAAAGCAUUGCAAAUUUUUAAACCGUCAUAACUUGCCUUAGGGGCUUAUUCGGCAGCUAAAGUUUUUUUUGUUAAAUUUGUAUUCAAGUAGGCUUUCAAAUGAGUCUAGUCCCGUUUCAUAUCUCCGGAAUGAGGUGAGACACUUCCCUUGUAAAAUUUAUUUAAAAAUUCUGGGCAGUCCUAGAACUUCCUGUCGAUAACCUAUAGAAAAUGAUGUCCAAGGACUGCUACCUCUGCUAGCAGCUGCUUCUAUUCCUCCCUUUACCUUUUACCGUAUUCUUUACUAUAGCUUUUGCUAUAGUUUUCAGUCAAGGCUACGGUAGACUACAGCGACAAAUAUAGUAAAAAGGUAGAGGUAGGGAUAGGAUUAGAGGUAAUACUGGGAGUAGGGUAACAUAGGGUAGGGUAGAAGUAUGAUAAGACUAGGGGUAAGGCAGGUUAGGUUAGGACGGGUCAGGGUGGGAUUAGAAUAGAGUAGGGCUACCAAUUGGCUAGGGGGACCUAUUCUCCCGGGAAUCAAUGCUUCUGUGGGGACCUUUGCCCGUAACGGGUUUAGCGGUUCUAAUUGUACUAAACGAUAGUGCGGCCACAAUAGUGAAGAAGGCUUAUAAACGUAGACUACGUAAAUAUAUUAUAAUUUAUAUUAAAGGUGAACUUUUUUAUAAUUUUUGACAAAUACUUAAAAGCACUAAAUUUAUAGGAACGAACAAAAAAGUGCGUCCUUCUUUGCGUGGUAGUGUGCGCCUUUGUUGGAAUCUUCAUUAUUUGGUUUUGGAAAUUUAAUCGAAAGUCAUUUGGAUUUUGA